GCACCUGGUGCUCGCAUUUCUGGUUCUAACUUCGUGCGGUGAACAUCCAGAAGCCACAGACACACUAUCAACAGCGAUGGCCGAUCUUUCCCCCAGAGAAGUCGAGAGGGCGGAAUUCUGUUUCUCAAUUUACGAUGCCGACGGCACGAAUGUGAUCGACGCUAUUGAUCUCGGAAAUGUUCUCCGUGCCCUAAACCUCAACCCCACGAACGCGACAAUUGAAAAAAUGGGCGGUACGUCGAAGAAGAACGAGAAGAAAAUAGCCUUCGAUGAAUUCCUCCCCAUCUUCAGUCAGCUCAAGCACGACAAGGACCAGGGCACCUACGAGGACUUCCUCGAGUGUCUCAAGCUCUACGACAAAUCGGAAAAUGGUACCAUGCUGUUUGGUGACCUACAAAACAUGCUCCUGACCCUCGGUGAGAAACUUGAGGACGCCGAGGUCGAUGUUAUCCUGAAAGAAUGCUGCGACCCAGAGGAUGACGAUGGUUUCAUUCCCUAUUCACCUUUCCUGAAGAAAAUGAUGGUGCUCCUGUAGAUCCAGAUAAAUGUAUAAAUAUGACCAGCCGGAUGUAGAAAUAUGUCACCCUUUCCUACGUCGGCUGUGUGAUCGAGCGGAAGAGGAAUCGAAUCAAUAAACACCAGACGCCACCUCAAGUCCACCGAUUCUUCGGUAUAAUUAUUGAAAAAAAUAAUAACGCGCGUGAAGAGCCACGAACACUAAUCCAUCAUAACGUCACACAAUCGCGCACAAAUUUCACCUUUCUAUCCGUUUCACCGAUAAUUUUGUUUCGUUUACUUAUCGACCCAAGGACGGUCGUAAAAUCGACGAACGAAAUGGAGUCAUCAGCCACAAAAGAGUCUAAUUAAGACGAGAGGAACUAUUCGCCGAACACAGAAUGGAAAAAAGAAUGCGUCAUUUCAUUUGGUUUUGGACAAUGUUACCUCAUCACCUUGAGUCGCCCGAUUAAUUUACGUUCAUUUUUGUUUAUUUAGCAUAUUUUUCUUCUUUAGGGAGUGAAAAUUCAUGUACUUUAAUUAUUUAUUUAAAUGUUGAAAUGGGAAAAUAGUAUAUUUUAUGAUGUAUGCAGGCAGCACUGUGUUGAACCGAAUAAAAUGACUGUUAUUUUAAUUAUUAUGAAUUAAUAAAAUUGAAUAUUACAUAAAUAAAUUGUACUUUCGAUUGAUGAGAAAGUGCCAAAAGCCA